UUACUGCAAUUAACAUCGGUCGGGUUUUGUGCUCAUUUGGCGUCGAAUUUUUACAUUCUGAAUAUUGUUGACAGCUCUGAGCAUCUAUUAACAGAAGAAAGCAUGUGUAAUUGAUUGAGCAAGAAUUUACCAAAUCGGCGAUUGGACUUUCCGAAAUUAAAGUCUGUGAAUCUUCCCUAACGGUUUAGGAAGUCUGGAGUCAGGUCGUUUUGACGUCAAUGCGGAGGGAGUGGGGAGCAAUAAAAGAAACAAACAGUCGCCGAUGCGCAGAGGACGAUCCAUGUAAAACGAGACUGUCGUAAUUGAUUAUCAUCGUAGGAAGCAUGCCGUAUUGUGCAGGAGAUAGUGAUUCACCGCCUCCAACCACAAAGAAUUCUAACGGAUUUAAAGACGUACAUCCAGAGGAUAGAACAUUUAUCGGAACCUUUCCGAGGGUUGGAAUGGCAGCUGAAUUGGCCGGGGCAGCAGGCGCUGGAAUUAUGUCGGAGGAGUACCAGAAACUACUCAAGUUGAGGCAGCAGCAGUUCGACGAACAGGUACAGGUACUCGCCAACAUUCAGCGUCAGCAGCAACUCCAAGAGCAUUUCAGGCAAUUUUUGCAAAAACAGCAUGAAGAACAAAAUGCUGCGAAAAAUCAUAUGCGCAUUGCUGAAGAAGAAAUGCAACAAAAGCAUGAUUUAUUUGGUCAAGUUUUAAAUAAAGAUAAAAGUAGAGAAAGUGCAAAUGCUUCUAGUGCAGUAAAACAACAUUUACAGAAAUUUGUUAUUGGAAGACAAAAAACUAAAACAUAUGAUGGCUAUCCAAAUAACGUUGUGGAAAGGAAAAUGUUGAGAUGGACACCUUCACUGGAUAGCAGAAAUGGAGUUCAUGAUCUUGCUGCACCUUAUCCUUUACUUUUUGACAAGAGGAGUACAUUUCCUCUAAGGAAAACAGCUUCCGAGCCAAAUUUGAAAGUAAAGUCUCGACUUCGGAAGGUUAAUACGUUAGAUCGACGUUGUUCUCCUCUACUUCCACGUCAUCCUAUCGACAACAGUCGAGUCGACAUCGCAAACAGAAUCAAACAAAAAAUAUUGAACAAUGACCAAGCUGGUGCCGACAAUUCUGCGAGUAACAGUGCUCCCAAUUCAGGCCCCAGUUCACCACUUAGCAGUAACAGUAAUAUAAACAAUAGUUCAACUACUGGAAGCAGCUCUUCUAUUCGUGGUCUCGGACAGCUUCCAACCGCAGGGGCUUCGGAGACUGAAUUGCCUGGCUACCCCUUCCCUCUUGCCAUGGGAUUGCAACCUCGUGAGAUUUAUGCUUCACCCUCGUUACCUAACAUAUCACUUGGUUUUUCACAAAACAAAUCUGUGGAUCCGAAUACAAUGAUCACUGGUACGCCACCCAGUUUUCUCAUGUAUCCACCAGAGGCAGCAGAUCUCCAGAGAUUAGUUCUAGGUAGAACGUCGUCUCUGCCUGGUCCACUGAUGCAACAAAUGUACAAACUUCCAGGUCAAAUGUCAGAAAUGGACGUUGCAAUGAGAUCUUACCUAUUACAACAACAACAACAGUCAGCCUUAUUGGCGGCUGCGACUGAGAAAGAUUCGUCUCCAGGACCUAUUCGCACACCUCAUACCAGACCACAUAAAGCAUUGAGUCGAACUCACUCCGCACCUACAGCACCUCAGAUUCAGCAUCAAAUACUACAGAAGAAAAGAUUAGAACACAAUCGUCUGUUAAUGCCAGGACAUAAACAUGCACCACAUCUUAUAUCUGGAAUGGCUGCUGAAGCACCUUAUCGACCACUUGCUACACAUAGAGAAGCCGCUGAACAUGCAGAAUCAUCGAAACAAAAUAGGACAAAGAAAUUAGCAGCUUCUCCACCUCCAACCCAUCCUGCUGCAAUAUCAAGUACAACUGUUGCUGCAUUACAUUCACAUUUGAUCAAACACAAUAACAAAGCUAUCAAAUCAUUUCCCAAACAAUCAGACAAUAAGUCAAGUUCACCUCCAACAUCGCGACAUACUUCUAUGGAACAUACUCAGACUACACCUGAAAAAUCAUCAAGAUCGGUUAUUGUUUCGACACCACAGCGAACAUCUUCGGAAGAUCGCGAAGAUCGAGAUGUUAUUGUUGUAAAGCAAGAAGCACCUGAUGUAUCGGGAGAUAGCGUUAAUGCUUUAUCACCACAAUUAAGUCAUCAACGAUUAGCUGCCAUGGCCGUACAAGACAAGUCAAGUGAUCACACUCCAAUAAAACCUAUGCCAUUGCAAGGACGAAGAUCGCUUCUUGAAGGUGAAAUGGGUCAUCAUCGACCUUUGACACGAACGCAAAGUUCGCCCGCAGUAUCUUUUUCACAAAAACAUAAACACAAAGAGUACAAAUACACCACAGGUCUCGGAUACGAUUCAAUCAUGCUCCAGCAUGGGUGUGCGUGCGGAGACGCUCACGCUGAACACGCAGGACGUCUCAAGGAAGUAUGGUCUCGUUUAACUAACGUAGGUUUGACGGAGAAAUGUGAAACGCUUGAACCACGAAAAGCUACAAUGGAGGAACUACAACUUGCUCACACGCAAGAACACACACUCAGAUAUGGUGCAACUUCGCUCGCUAGGCAGCAGUCUGUAGUUCCAAACAAGUUCAUUGUUCUACCUUGUGGGGGGGUCGGAGUAGAUAACGGAAUUGACAUUGACACUGUCUGGAAUGAGUUGGCCACUAUUAAUGCAGCACGAAUGGCUGUUGGAUUAACAGUUGAUCUUGCAUUGAGUGUCGCUGCUGACGAACUGAGAAACGGUUUUGCAGUUGUUCGACCACCUGGACAUCAUGCAGAGAAAAACUUAGCUAUGGCAUUCUGCUACUUCAACUCAGUCGCAAUAGCUGCACGUCAGUUACAACGUACCUACCCAGAUAAAAUCCGCAGAGUUCUGAUUGUAGAUUGGGACGUUCAUCAUUGCAAUGGUACACAAGAUAUAUUUUAUGAUGAUGAUUCUGUCUUAGUUAUAUCGGUUCAUCGCUACGACGAAGGACACUUUUUUCCAGGAACUGGCGCUCCGGAAGAGACUGGAGCUGGACCUGGUGUUGGUUUCAACGUAAACAUCGGCCUCACUGGCGGACUGGAACCUCCCAUUGGCGAUGCAGAGUACUUGUCGGCAUUCAGAUCUGUUGUGAUGCCAAUAGCAGAAGAAUUUAAUCCAGACUUUGUUUUUAUAUCUGCUGGAUUUUCUGCGGCCGAUGGUCAUCCGUCCACGCUUGGAGGGUAUAAAGUUUCCCCACAAUGUUUCAGCUACCUUACUCGCCUGCUGUCCCAGCUUGCGAACGGGAAAGUCGUUAUGGCAUUGGAAGGUGGUUUCGAAUUAAAACCUCUUGCAGAUUGUGUGGAAAUCUGCGUUCGAACAUUGCUUUCAGACUCUGGUGAAACUGGGGAUGCUUCUGUCGGACAACUUCCUGAUUCAGCGUUGAAAAGCAUACCAUGUGAUAAUGCAGUUCGUUCCAUUCAUCGUAUAUCAAGGUUCCAAGAACGAUACUGGAGUCGAUUAAAGAGAAUGUCUGCAUAUACGAGCAUUACUCAUGCAGCCUACCUUGGACAAGAACAGGAAGACAGAACAGUAGUAGCUCUUGCUUCAUUGUCUGUCGAACAUUCGAAACAUAUGGACAGUAAAGCAAAGUUACGAGAGGUUCUAACCAGAUCACAAGCGUCAAAAAGUCCGAAACGAGAUUUGAUGCCGGAACACGAAAAAGAACCGAAACUGACAAUAGUCACCGACGAAGCUGAUGAAAUGCAUGGACAAAAUCGUGAGGAAGCAAUGAGUGCGGAAUCUUCUCCACUCGAUGUUGUGGGACUCUCAUCACCGUCAUCAGAAUCUCCUGCAGCGUCACCCAUACCAAGCACUGCUUUCGUUACGUCCGGCGUAUCACGUAAUAUGUCGCAAUCAUCGGAAAAUCAAAAUGCUUCUAACGCAAUCAAAGAAGAACCAAUGGAUCAGGAGGACAGCCCAACUGCUGAAAACAACGAAACAUGACCAUAAGUUUGCUUAAAGCGACUUGAGUUUUGCGAGGCAAGUUUAUGAGAUGUAGGCCGAUACGGACACGUCGAGCAGUGUGUCAAUCAUUUUUUUCACUCAACAGACAAUUUAGUUUGAAGGAAAAAAAGGGACAAUGAAUAUUCUCAUACACAAUCGAUUUUGGGGCGUAGAACACAUUAGGGGUCAUUCUCAACUUGGUAACUACAAUUUCUGGGUAUUUUAAUGUUAGUACGUUAUUCCUGGAUCAAGUCUAUAUAUCUGAAACAAAUGACUGGUCAUUUUUUUCCUAACCGGAUAAGAUUCUGUGCUUCGCCAUAUGAUUAAGCCGUCUUAUCAACUUUCCUCUCUACUGGGAUCCUAUGCUUAUUGGUUUACACAUUUCGAGAUUGUAAAACAAAAUUUGCUAUUGCAUGUUCUAUUUUGAGCUGGACAUUUCUUAUGCAGCAGACUUUUGAUUGAUACGAUAAUUAUGUUCUGGAAAAUAUUUCCGAUAUAAAAAAAUGACUUGUUGGCAGAUCGUUGGUUGAUUUUACUUGCCAAAACAAGCCUCUAUUGUACAUUGCAUUUGAUUUUUACUUUUUCCUAAUUUUUACACAAAAACUGAUGGCUUGGUGGUCGUAUCUUUUUUUCUUGCUGCUUUCCAAAUUAUUCUUUUUCGUUAUUAUAGUAUUUUUUUGUUGUUUGACACCUUUUUUUUUUCUUUUACCAUCAUGACCAGGAUUACGGACUCGUUUUUACGAAAUUUUUUAACGACAAAAAAUCUCUUUACGGCGCACGUUUUAUAAUUUGGAAGUCCUUUUUACACCUUUUUAGAAUUUUACAAUAUAUAACUAGAAUUAGGAUUGUUUCCACUUUAUUGUGCCAUCCGCUUCGUACAAUAUGGUCUAAUAGACUUUGCCAGGACCGAAAAAGGGCGCACACAGCUAUUUUUUAUUAGCUUUCUAGUAAUUAUCAUGUGUCAUAUGAAAUUGUUCGAUGCUGUGCAAUUUUUGCGUUUUACUUUUAAUUGAAUCUAUGUGACAUUCAUUUGAAGGUAGGUAAUUCCUUUCGUCUGAAUAUUUUGUUGAUAUUAGAUGGCAUUUUCUUGGAAUAAUUGAAAAAAAAAAAUUUUUGAGCUCUGUGGGAAUAUAAAUUUCCAAUUGCUCCAGUGAUUUUGUUAAAAUAAUCAUUUAUUCCCUCAGUUUGAUAAUUAUAAUUGCUUUUGCAUAUUGGAUAAUAAUAUUCAUGGUUUUUUAAAAUAAUCUUUUUUUUUGUAAUGUCAGAUUUUAGUAUCAUGUACUAAUGUCUUUGCAGUUAUUUUUUUUUUUUGAAUUUUUAUCUCGUCGGCGUGACGGGAAUGGCCGUUAACAAUAAAUUGAUCUAUGAAAUAA